AUCAAAAAGAAAGAAAAAUAAACCUCCAACCCACUCCCUCUCCAACCGUCGUUACCCCACCGCUCCACCACCUCCAACCUCUUCCAGAUCUCCCGUUCUCCCCACCCCCAAAAUCCCAUGAAACCAACAACAACCCACUAGCAAUGCACUCACUCUUCAUCUUCUUCCUCAUUCUCCUCACAAUUUUCUCCAACAACUUCAUCAAACACUGCUGUGCAACUGCAAGUGUCUUCACUUUCAAGAUGCACCACCGCUUCUCUGACCCGGUUAAAAAGUGGUCAGAAACCAUCAACACCAACCUCUCCGCCGCCCAGUUUCCGGUCACCGGUAGUCUGGAGUAUUAUUCCCAGUUGGCUCAACAUGAUAGAGUGUUCAGAGGCCGUGGCUUGCUGGGUGCUUCUGCUGAUCAACGGUUGACGUUUUCUGAUGGGAAUUCCAGUUUGAGAAUCCAAUCGUUGGGAUAUUUGCAUUACACAAUGGUUUCUUUGGGGACACCAGGCCAGAAGUUUUUGGUGGCACUUGAUACCGGGAGUGAUCUAUUUUGGGUGCCAUGCGAGUGCAGCAAAUGUGCUUCUAUUGAUAACACACCUUAUAGCUCUAAAUUUAAUAUGAGCAUAUACGACCCAAAGGAAUCAUCAACAAGCAAAAAGGUUUCGUGCAACCACAGGAUGUGUACUGCUAGCUGUCCUGGAAGCGGAAUGGUUGGCACUUGCCCGUAUUCAUCAUCUUACAUCUCGUCUCAAACGUCAACUUCUGGAAUUUUGAUAGAAGAUUAUCUUCACAUGGAAACAGAUGAUAGCAAUGCAAAAGUUGUCAAUGCGUUUGUCACAUUCGGGUGUGGGCAGGUACAAAGUGGUUCGUUUCUACACAUUGCGGCCCCGAACGGUCUUUUUGGGUUGGGUAUGGAGAAAAUAUCAGUUCCUAGCUUGUUAGCAAGAGAAGGUUACAUAGCCGAUUCUUUCUCAAUGUGUUUUGGACAUGAUGGAACGGGUCGGAUUAGUUUUGGUGAUAAAGGCAGCAUCGAUCAGGAAGAGACUCCUUUUAGUUUUGAUGCCUCGAAUCCUACAUAUACUAUUAGAGCUACACAACUUCGUGUUGGUGACUCGCUUAUCAAUUCGAGUUUCACUGCUCUUUUUGAUUCUGGUACCUCUUUCACCUAUCUUGUUGAACCACAUUACACAAGGCUGACAAAGAUGUUUCAUGCACAAACAAAAGAUCCACGGCGUGUAACUGAUAAAAGGAAGAUCCCUUUUCAAUAUUGUUAUGCGAUGAGUCCUGAAGCAAAUACUAGUCAGGUCCCCGAUGUAAGUUUGACCAUGAAAGGGGACCGCCAAUUUCUUAUCUACACUCCUGUAAUUGUGCUCCCCACACAACCUGAAUCUAUAUAUUGUUUGGCUGUUAUCAAGAAUGGAGAAAUGAACAUUAUUGGACAAAACUUCAUGACUGGAUACCGUAUCGUAUUUGAUAGAGAGAAACUCAUUCUUGGCUGGAAGAAAUCUGGUUGUUAUGACAUUGAUACUUCGACUGCUUUCACAUCAAAACCCUUGAACACCGACACAGUUCCUCCUGCUGUUGCUGCCGGGCUAGAAGGCGAAGGGAAUAGAACUCGCGUUCGUAGCUCUGCUGCAUUGUCACGCAGUACAAAUUUCAUUUACUUGACUUAUAGCUUUCUUUUUCUAACUAUUCAUUCUUUCAUUGUAGUUAUUUUUCUUCCUUUUGUUUAAAUUAUUUUUUAUAUAUUUUUCUUUUUCAUUGUUGAUCUCUCUUGCUUUGCCUAGAAUGAUAUUUGAUCAUAGUUUUAGUUUGUGAA